GAUGACGCAUACAAUUGUAAAUAGGAGAAAGGUAAUCGACUUUUGUACACCAAAUAUUCAGGUUGUUUUGACCGACGAUUAUAACUAUCAUCCUCAAGAAAAGUUAACAGAUUAGAAAGGCAAGGUUUUCUUUUGGUGAAUCGAUGUUGGAAGAUAAUGCACUUAGGGGCAAGGAUGGGUUUAGGUUAAGCAACCGAUUCCAAGCACUUGCUAGUAAUGAGGGACAGCAGUUUCAGGCUUACCUUGACUGUAGGACAGCUGGUAAAAUGGCUAGUUUUAGUAUCCAGCAUAUUAGAAGUCAUCAUCGUUUGUAUGACCAUUACUGGAAAUACUAUAACCAGAUGGUUGGCUGGUUUCGCCAUCAUAGAAUGUUCAACCAUAGCUUUAAAUUACAUCAAAGAAGACAAAGGAUUUGUAGAAAUAUUAAAGAUUCUACUGACUUACAGAAAAAGUUUUGUCACAGACAUCAAGAUGUAAGGAGGAAAAUUUGUGAUCAUUCAAAAUCUUCCAUUAGAGGGAACAGUCGCUCAAAUAGGCGUGGCACCAAGGCUUACAUAAAAUGGAAUAAGUCGGGAAAAUCACAAGGACUUGUUGUGAAAGGAAUCAUCAAAAAAGAAGAAAACUCAACAAAAAAAGCAAGUGAAGUUCAGCUAGAGAUGGAGAUCACUGAAGAAAUGAUCGCAUUUUUUGAGCACUCUGCUAAACAUAAAGAAGAACUCAAAGCAAAGAAAAAAGAUAGACGUAGCAUUGAAGAGGAGCAGUAUGUGAGUUUAGAAAACAUGUCAGUUACAGGUCCAUUUCGAAGAAGCAAACUUCCAUCCGUAACCCAGCCCAGCACCAACAGAACCAAGGAAAUGAAAGAACUUUAUGGAAAAGCAGCACCAACAAUUCAUGGAAUGGAAACUGCAAUGCAGUUGUCUUUUGAUAGGUUCUGUGACACAAAAUGGCCAAAAUUAUGGCCAAACAUUCCACUCAAAAUGUAAUUUGUAUAUAAAGGGAAGUAUAAAAGUUUCUUGAUAUUGAGAUUUAUAAAAACAAUACUGUAUACAUAUUUGUUAUACUACGUUUACUGCAUAAUCAGUUUGAAAUAGCAACCAACAUUCUUCAAAUUACCAAUCUCAUCAAGAAAAAAAUGUGAAAUCUAUAGUUUUUGACUAGUAAAUUUCCAUAAACAUUGCUAAUAAAAUCUGCAGUAAAGAUGUUUAACAGAUAUUAUAAAUAUCCACAGCUUCAUUGCUGAAAGCAAAAAUGUAUUUGAUUUAAAAGUUCUUAUGUUUUUGGAUAGAUCACAGCAAGGAAUGUGAAAUUACUAACCAAACUGCAACUGUCUUUUUCCGAUACAAACUACACAUGAAACCCAGAUAUGUAAAAGUACUCAGAAUUCUGGAUGUUCAAAGUAACGUGCCGUACGAUGUAGAGUUUGAGACCAUAAACAAUCGUUCUCCAUAGCAAUGUAUAUAUCCUUCCAUAUAGUCUAUAGUAAUCCACUGGAACAAGUCUUUCAAUAUUGAUUAAAUAGUUUUUGUAAUUAUUCAAACUGUGUAUUUCAACUGGCUGUUUGUGUAGCUUGAAUUUCAAUAGCUAUUGUGAUAGCAUCUGAAGGAAAUAAAUUUGUAAGCUCUAUUAUUAAA